ACAUUGAUUGGACAAUUUGAAUGACUAAUAGAUAAAAACAUUUUAGAUAAAAUUAAUCUUUUUCAGUUGAAACAGUUUAUAUUCAGUAAUGUCAAUAAAAGGCAUGUCAGAGAUGAUAGCUUGCAGACGAAUGAGUCAAAAUGAUGUUAAUGCUCAGAUUUCAUCACUUCCAAUAGAAAUAAUACUGAAAACAAUCUCACUUUUGGAUGAUGUUGAGGACAUAAAAAAUUGCAUGCUGACAUCAAAGAAGGUUCGUGAUGCAAUUUUGAACAGUUCAAAAAUCAUGAGAAGAAUGAAGCUUGUCUUUCGUUGUGAAAAUGACUUUUUGAGUGGCAAACUUGAGUUUUUAGCCUAUAACGGUGACUCUAUACGAUGUCUUAAGGUUAUAGUGAAUGGAUGCUGUGAAAAAUUGAUGAGAUUUAUGCUGCAUCAUGUGCCAAAUUUAGAAAAGUUAUGUUUUAUUAAUCAUAAUUCAUCAGACGGAGAUUUCGACAAGUUGAUUAAGUUUAGUAAUUUUAAAUCAUUUCAAGAAUCACCAAAGUUGACAAAAUUGAAGAACUUGUGCUUUACAUGCUAUAACUUUAAGGAACUAAUGGAAAACAUGAUGAAUGUCGACACCUUAGAAUUUUCGACGUCAACUGUACCAGAAAAAUUGUCAAAAAAUUAGCAUGAAUUGUUAAUUAAUUUUUUAUCACGUCAAGUAAAAUUAAGCACAUGGAUUGUAUGGACCACACAACUCCAUAAUGGAUAUCCAAGAACAUUUAUAUCCAAUGACAUAACCACAAAUGUAAAAUUUCAUUUAAAAACCUUAAAAUGUAAUUUUCAAGAUCAAAACUUUAACAAUUUUUUUGAAUCCCAGGCUGAACAUUUUGAGGAACUGUACUUAGCUUCCAUGUAUCCAGAAUUAUUUGAAAUUAUUGUCAAAAAAUGUAAAAAAUUAAGAAAAUUGCAAUGUUAUUUAAAUUUGGAAUUAUUGUCACGUAACUUGCCAGCAAAUUUGCGUCUUGAGUCUGUUCAUCGUCUGGAUGUCGGUUGCAGUUCCAAAGAAUUUUAUAAAAUUAGUGAAAAAUUUCCAAAUUUACAAUCUUUCAAGUGUUUAGAGCUUUUGGACAGUUCAGGAAAUUUCAAUAAUCUUAAAGUUUUGGAACUAGAGCGUGUAGUUUUGGAUAGAUUUCAAAAUAUUAAAUUUUUGAAUUUAAAAGAACUUUUAAUUGGAAUUAUUAAGAAUAAUAUUAAUGAAAAUAAUUGGAAACAUUUUUUGGUAAAUUUUCCGGCAAUUAAAGAAAUCAAAAUCAAACGUUUAGCUACGCAUAAUAGAAUUAUACCGAAUUAUAUCUUUAAUAAUCUAAAAAGUUGCUCACAUCUUAAAAAAUUUGAAAUUUGGCAUACAGCUGAAAAUUAUUCUUAUCAUCGACUUUUUAUUGAUUUUAAAUUAAAGAAAUCCAAUCCAAAUAAAUGUUAUCUAAAAGUUAUUCAAGAGAUUUUCCCAGAUUUUAAAAUAAUCAAGGAUUCAGGCAUUAAAAUUAAAGAUGAUGACAACAAUGUUAGUUUUAUAGAUUUUUACAUUGAUCUAUGUUGUUAACCAGUGAUUUAGAAAGUUCAGGGGCGCAGUUGGGAAUUUUAAGGAGGGG